AGAGCUGAGAGUUAAAGUUGUGUAAAAGUCGCGCGCUGGAGUUUAAACCGCAGUCACUCCGCUGAGCUCGCGGCGCUGCAAGCGCGUCAGAGAGUCCGGGUUCGGUCUGUGAAGUUACAGAGCUGCUUCUGUGCGCGGAUAGUUCGGUUCUGUUCGGCUCUUUUGGGUUCUGUUUGGGUUUAAACUGCACUAUGUUCAGCUGGGUGAACCGGGACGGGCGGCGGAAGGAGCCGGAGCUCUUCAGCACGGUGUCGGACGGGCUGAAGCGGCUCUACCGGACCAAGCUGCUGCCGCUCGAGGAGGCUCACCGCUUCCACGACUUCCACUCGCCCGCGCUCGAGGACGCCGACUUCGACAACAAGCCCAUGGUGCUGCUGGUGGGACAGUACUCUACCGGGAAGACCACCUUCAUCCGACACCUGAUGGAGCAGGUUCCGGGAAUGCGCAUCGGGCCCGAGCCCACCACCGACUCCUUCAUCGCGGUGAUGCACGGCGAGCAGGAGGGGCUGAUCCCCGGGAACGCGCUCGUGGUGGACCCCAAAAAGCCCUUCAGAAAGCUCAACGCGUUCGGGAACGCUUUCCUCAACAGGUUUGUCUGUGCUCAGAUGCCAAAUCCGGUCCUGGAGAGCAUCAGCAUCAUCGACACGCCGGGAAUUCUCUCCGGGGAAAAGCAGAGGAUCAGCCGAGGUUACGACUUUGCGGCCGUGCUGGAGUGGUUUGCGGAGCGAGUGGACCGGAUCAUCCUGCUCUUCGAUGCCCACAAGCUGGACAUUUCGGAUGAGUUUUCCGAAGUGAUCCGCGCCCUGAAGAACCACGAGGAUAAGAUGCGAGUGGUGUUGAAUAAAUCGGAUCAGAUCGGCACACAGCAGCUGAUGAGGGUGUAUGGCGCCCUCAUGUGGUCUCUGGGGAAAAUCGUCAACACUCCAGAGGUGAUCCGAGUUUACAUCGGCUCCUUCUGGGCUCAGCCGCUGCUGGUGCCUGACAACAGGAAGCUGUUUGAGGCGGAAGAGCAGGAUCUGUUCCAGGACAUCCAGAGUCUUCCCCGGAAUGCCGCGCUCCGAAAACUCAACGACCUCAUCAAGAGAGCCCGCCUGGCCAAGGUCCACGCUUACAUCAUCAGCGCCCUGAAGAAGGAGAUGCCCAACAUGUUUGGAAAGGAGAAUAAGAAGAAAGAGCUGAUCGCUAAUCUGGGGGAGAUUUACGCCAAGAUCGAGAAGGACCAGCAGAUUUCCCAGGGAGAUUUCCCCAAACUCUCCAAAAUGCAGGAGGUUCUGGCCGGUCAGGACUUCACCAAGUUCCAGACGAUAAAGCCGAAGCUCCUGGAGGCGGUGGAGGACAUGCUGGCCAACGACAUUGCCCGCCUGAUGACGCUGGUGCGUCAGGAAGAGGCGGCUGCGCCCAGCCAGGCGGUGCAAGGCGGAGCCUUCGAGGGCACCAUGAAUGGCCCGUUUGGGCACGGCUACGGCGAGGGCGCGGGCGAGGGCAUCGACGAGCUAGAGUGGAUCGUGGCGCGAGACAAACCCACCUACGACGAGAUCUUCUACACGCUCUCCCCCGUCAACGGGAAGGUGUCCGGCGCCAUGGCCAAGAAAGAGAUGGUCAAGUCCAAACUGCCCAACACGGUCUUGGGAAAGAUCUGGAAGCUGGCGGACGUGGACAAAGACGGGUUCCUGGACGACGAGGAGUUUGCGCUGGCCAAUCACCUCAUCAAAGUGAAGCUGGAGGGGCACGAGUUACCUGCCGAACUGCCGGACCACCUGGUGCCUCCCUCCAAACGGGCACAGUGAGGAGAUGAAAUGAAUACAAACCUCUGAGCCAAACGAGUGGAAAAACGGGGAUUAUUAUGGGUUAGAAAACGGAUAGAGACUCUGAUUAGACUCUAAAGCUUCUGUUCAGAGUUCACCUUUAUUAGAAAUCUGAUUCUAAAAUUAAUCACCACUACAAUGUUUGUUUGUUUGUUUGUUUGUUAAAUGGACGUCUCAAUGUGGAACAGUGAACCUGCACUGUGGAAAGCGGCACCUUGGCAAGUAAAAUGAUCCUAAAUUGAGUCAUUAUAUGUUAAUGUUUCUCAUAUUGAGAUUGAUAAGCUUAUUGUAAGAUUAUUGAACUUUUUUGUAGACGUGUUUAUGUUUUAAUUAAUGUUAUUAAGUCUAAUUCUCACCAUGUUGGCAGAUGUUUUGCUUGUUGUAAGAAAUGUGCUGUAAACAGUCUAAAUAAUCUGCGUGUGUAGUGAGGAAGAUGAUCUGACUAAAAUCACCUUAAACAUGUAAAUAAUGUCUAGAAAUAAGUUAAUAAUCUUAUAAUAAGCUCACAACAGUCUCAAUAAGAGAAAUAUUACAUAUUCAGACUAGAUUUAAGAGCAUAUUACUGGCCAGGAGACGUUUUUACAGCGCAAAACAGUAAAUGUGCCUUAAAUGAAAAAAGCCAGAUCUGAAAACAGCUAUUAAUUAAAUAAUAGUUAUUAUGACAAUGUUCACUACGUUCUACAGCGGAACCUGUUCAGAGUGGAUUUGUGUGUUUUAGAGUAAAGUUCUUCUUCAGGACUUCAGUUCUAAAUCUCUGGGUCCAAAUGGUUCUACACUACCACUAUUAUUGUUGUUAUUGUUAUUAUUAUCGUUGUUAUUAUUAUUAUUAUUAUUAUUGAUUUCUCACACCUGAUUUUGUCUGAUUGUUAUAGUUUAGCAUUCGAUCUGUUUCAGUAACUGUUAGAAUCUUCUGUUAAAAUCUGAUCAGAAAUAUUCAGCUACAAAUUAUUAAAGAGAAAUAUUAUUAAACUCCUCUCUGUCUUUACUGCUGAACGUUUUACAGUUUCAGAACUCCGGCUCCAUUCAGAACCUCAUUCAGAACUCCGGGUUCAUUCAGAACCUCUUUCAGAACUCCAGCAGUUUGUUAUUCUCGUUCUGCGUGUUCAGUAGUUCAGUAACUCAGAGCUGUUCAGACUGAACCUCCACCUGAAAUGGGUUUAAUGUUCUGAACAAAUGAUGAUUAACAGAAGAUCAAAGAAUUAAAACCUACAAUCACAGAAAGAUUCUGAUCAGAUCAGUGUUCAUCAAUACCCACUGCUGAUCAGUACUGACUGUAUUUCUGCCUCUUUAAUGAACAUAAACUAAUAGUCACUUCUAACUGUAUUUGUUUUUCUCAUUAUGAUUCAUAUUUUACUGUAAAAUUAAUUUUAUAAAAGAUCAAAUUUAUUCAAAUGAACUAAUUUGUAAAAAUUGAGAUCUGAAAACAAAAUGUUUGUUUAGGCUGAUGUUUUUAUUCAUAUGACACAAGUUACUCUCCUAUGUCAUUGACUGAGCUCACCUGGUUAUUAAUAUGUGUAUUAAUGUAUGUUUAGCCUGAAAUAUUUCACUCGUGGUUCUUUUUACAGAGACUGUUACAUGAAAGAAAUAGUCUUCCUUUAAAAUGACAAAGUGGCUUAAAUUAAAAAACAAAGGGUAUUUUAUAUGGUCAGAGCUUUAAAAGUCAUUUUUACUAAAUUGUCUUAAAAUAUUGUUUUAAAUAAUUUUCUGUCUUUACUAAAAAUGUUGUUUCUAAGAACUUCUUGCACUGAUUAUUUUCUCAUUUUCAUCAGUUAUUGUUCAGAAGUUGCCUCAGAAAUGAGAGAGUGCUGUGUUUUAUCAACAAAUACUGUAUUUUAUACCUAAAAAAGAUAAAGAAAUAUGGAGAUUCA